UACGCCUGUUCGCGAGACUACGAAUUUAGCGUCUGGUAUUGAUCGGAGCAAAAGCCAAAGAGGGGAAGGAACAGUCAACAAACUGCCGUAUUCUUGUUAUAUUCCAUGCCAUUUGUAAUUGUGGAUGUUGCUGACGGUUACUGAUAUUUCCCAAACUUUAAUAGCUGUCUACAGAUGGAACUUUACAUGAAAUAUUCAAAUAUUUUACAACGAUGUUGUUGGCAUUAUUUACUUCGGUCCCACGUGCGUUGUUUGGUGUAAUCUAUAGAUAGAUCUACUAGACGUUCGUGCAUUCCUGGUACGUAAAGUGCUCGACGCAAAAGAAACGCUGACUUUACUCGUGGUAAACUUAUGCCUAAAGCAUUUGGGUGUGGAUAGAAGAGAGGGUACAGACCAGCUAGGCCUACAUGACUUGUAUGUACAGCAAACAUGCUGUGUGAUUAUAACACUAUCACUACAGACUGAGUCAUGCAGAUUCAACAUAAGAAACGGCUGUCAAACAUUCGGAGCAGUCGUCAUAAGAAUAAACCAGCACUUGAUAAAAACUGGGAAAGAAGCACAUUGCAGUUAAAAAUUGCUAAGAUAUUUAACCGUGUUGGAGUUGUAUUCAUUCUGUUGUUACUCUUUGUAUCAUCGACUACCGUUACUUUUUUUACCAUCCCUGAAGCAGUGGAAAAACUUGGUUUCAUUGCAUGGAAGCACCUGAUGUUUACCACAUUUGCCUUUGGAUCUACCUUUGCAAAUUUUCUACUAGCUGUAUUUACAAACACAUCAAUACCAAGCAAUUAUGAGUUGAGAGGAGGGACUAAGACUUCACUGCCAAUCCGUGCCCAUUAUUGUAGGUUGUGUAAAUCUGUAAUUCUUAAACACGAUCAUCACUGCUAUCUGCUUGGAAAGUGCAUUGGGUAUCAUAAUCAGAAGUAUUUCAUCUGGUUUUGCUGGUACUCAAUGGUAACAGCUUUCUACUCUCUGUUCCUGACGGCCUUGUACCUGAGUUUAGCCCAUUCCGUGGAGUUCCCUGGUGCCUGGACCUACUUUCUCCUCCUACCCAGGGCUGUGGUAGGCUGGUUUUCUGGCCAUACUGAUGCAAUGGAGCUUGCAUCGACUCUGUUACUCUACAUCCUAUUGGUUGGUGGCUUUGUAGCUGCUGGGUUCUUUGCAUGGCAGAUUUUCUUGGUAGUAACAGGGUUGACAACACACGAGGCCCUCUAUGGAGAGAAGUUUAGACUGAAACGCCAGGCAGGAAUGUGCGCUAAAUGGACUGAUGUCUUUGGAAAAUACUGGUUUAUUGGAAUGGUUGUACCAUUGCCAUUCCCUCAAUGUGGUAAUGGGUUGUAUGAAAAACUGGAGAAUUGAGAAUAUAUGUUUAUGCAUGUAAUAUUUUGAGCUUGGUUUGAUUUUGCUAACCUUUUUUUUGUCUGCUGGAGAAUUCCUCCUUCCUGAUAUGUUCAUUGGGAUUGAAACUGGGGAAAAAAAGACUUAAACAGCAAUGAAGGUUUGGUGAAAUUCCAUCAGAGGAUAAUAAAAUAAAACUGAAUGUUUGAAACUUGUACUUGUAGUACUAGUGUGAAUGAAAUUUUGCAGGGUUUAUCAGGGCUGAGAUUUUAAUUUCUGUGUUAACUUUGGUGGAUUACUUCUACUUUUCUUACAUAGUAUUCAGCGGAUAAUCUACACAUACUAUAAAGUACAUGUAUCUUUAAUCACUAUCCUGAGUUUUGGUUUUCAUAGAUGUUGGAUAUUUUCUUAGUUAAUAAAAGUGAAAACUGAAUGUUUGAUACAUCACUUCUAACGACACUGCAUUUUUCAAAAAAUUCAAUUCAAAACAUUUUAUUAAAAAAAUCCGUUUUAAAUAUAAAACAUGAUAUGCAAAAAUAUCCCUGCUAACCCAAAAGGUAUUCCAGUGGUCUGAAGGACCUUAGUCCCAGCCUUUUUACUGUCCAUCAUUUACAAACAAAAUAUAAUCAUAAUUUCAUAGACUUGUUGGAGCAGAUGCAUAAAAUCUGUAUUUGAAUGAAUGUAACCUCAUUUUAAUCUAUUCAUCAUUGGAAAGAAUUUUAGAAACAUUGAUUCUAAUGUGAAUUCAAUGUGAAUACAUUGCAGGCCUACAUUAUAUGAAUCUUCAUACCAUGUCAAAAAAUUUGCUUGUUUAUGCCCUUCAUAAGAUUUGAAUCAAAUUCUUGAAGUUCACUUUCUGGGCAGUGAUGUACAGAGUAGCAUUUGACUUAAUUGGUAGAAAAGUCACUUAAUCUUCACCUAUCAACAUACAUGUACAUUUUAGAUCUCAAGCCUUACAAGAAUUUGUACUGAAAUUUGAGUAUUUUUGUUUUUCACUAUUACAAAUAACAGAUCCACUCUUUGUACAAUUUACCCAAAGAUAGAAUCAUGCUUUAAAUAAAAAAAAAUCUUUAAUGUGUAACCUUUUCUGUGUGCAAUCCCGCAUCCAUAUUUAUGUGUGCUCUAGUUGCACAUGUAGCUUCUACCUCAUUUCUAUCAGUGUAAGGAAACAGAAAAAACACCUUAAUAAAGAGAUCAUACCUAUGUGUAAUUAAUGAAUUAUUGAUGUUUCUUGAAUGUGUAAUGUCAUCAGCAAUUUGCAGUUUUUAAGUUACAUUAAGUAACUACCAAAAUCAAAUUGCAUAUUGGUAAUUAUGGAGCUUUUACAAAUUGAGAGGAAAAAAAUCAAUUUGCACAAGAAUGUCUUCAUAAGUUUCAUAAAAAAAUGUUCUGAUGGAAUGACAGCCCCCCCCCCUCCAUUUUUGAAAGGGGUAAGAGAAAAAGAGACCAUUUUGCCAAAUUUAGUUAAUUAGAUGGCAUUCCUGAAAUUGCAGUUAUUUAUUGAAAUUUAUACUUGUACAUUACUAUGACCGUCUUGCACUCUUGGAUGUAUCAAUCCUACCUGUAUAUGCCUUGAAGUUCUGUGACCUACAUUUUUAGUAAAAAUGUAUUCAUCUCCCAAAUCAUGUUGAUUACAUGUAUUUUGGAUUAUUUUGACUACAACUAAAUUAUUUUUCAAUCGGGUCUGCAACAAGAAACUAUACAUGUUGGUAUUUGUGUGACAUGUAUAUAGUAAAAGUUGCAAAAUUUAAUCAAAGUUCAAGCUACAUGUAUAGUCUUUUAGAUUCAAAGCUCUACUUGGAAUAACAUCACAUGCUACAUGUAUGUAUUUUUUUUCUUUGAUACUCUAGGUUCAUUCAUUUUGUAGCUUCUGUUCAUGAUAUCAGAAUGACUACUGUGGCCAAAAGAAAGAAACAUUGAAUUUGCAGGUAGAAAAUUGAAAAAUUAAGCAAAACAAUAUUGUAAAUAAUAUUGGUAAUAAUGUAUAUCUGUCUGGAUAUUAAGUAAAUUUACAAAUUUUAAAUGAAAGUACAUUUCUGUAUAUGUAUGUUUGAUAUGUAUAUAUUUGAAGAAAACAUGUUCGUGUACUGGCAACUGAAAUAAAGACACUUGUUAAACAUUCAA